GUAGGAUGUAGCGAUGUGACGAUGCUCAGUAUACGCAUCUUAAAAAAGCCGGUGUGUUACCAGACAAAACACGAUUACGGGAAUAGAAAAGCAAUAUAUUGUGAAAAGUUUAGCGUCGUUAGAAGCGGUGGCAACAGUAGCAAGAAGAAGUGAGCCCCUUGGCGAAGACGAACAUUUCAUUGGAGAAUUCACAAAAGAAAAAAGAUUAUAACGAGUGCAUCAGAUCUACGAGAUCUUUAGGCGAGUAGUGUGGAUUGACUCGCGACCGCAAGCAGCAUUUACCACGGCAGCAGAGAGUGAACAGUAUGGACGACUUCGCACACACACUGGACGACAACCGACAGAUGCUGACGGUCGGGACGAACGGAACGACAUUGGCGCAGCUAUCGUCCCAAUUCGAAGAUCUGCACGUAGGCAACGAUGACAUAACGACAGUGAACCUUCUCAACGGCCUGGUUGGCGUCUGCGGUGGCAAUAACGGGGUGGGGGUGCUUGGCGGUGCAGGCAAUAUGGUCGGUGCAGGACACCAUGGCACGCUAAGCCAGCUUGGCGUUGGCAAUGGCGAGCCGGGUAUCGCCGGUGGUGUCGCUGCCGCACUGCUCGAACGAUCGAACCGACUCAGUAACGUGCUGUGCAGUGGAGGUGGUAAUAGCGGUGGUGGAAAUGGUGGCGGAGGCACCGGAGGCAGCUAUAGUGGGCAACCAAAUGGAAGCAACGUGCUAGACACGUUUGUGGCCAUGGUCAGCGAACUGGCGGUAACAAAUACCAGCGUUGGACCCAUCAGCAACAACACUAGCAACGCGACUAGCCUUGGCAAGCUCGAGGAGCGCCCGGUCAAGUACAAGUCGCACACGGAAUGCGUUCCAGUGCCAUCGUCGGAACAUGUGGCCGAGAUUGUAGGGCGCCAGGGCUGCAAGAUCAAGGCGUUACGGGCCAAAACGAACACUUUCAUCAAGACGCCAAUCCGCGGUGAAGAACCGAUCUUCGUGAUAACGGGUACCAAAGAGGAUGUGACGCGAGCGAAGCAGGAAAUACUGUCCGCGGCGGAUCACUUCAGUACGCUGCGCUCCUCAAAAAAGCAAGCGAUCGCACUACUGGCGGAGAACCGGAACGUUCUCGGCUACAACAUGCCCGACGAAAUCACCAUACAAAUCCGGGUACCGCAGAAGGUCGUAGGUUUGGUGGUCGGUCCGAAGGGGGCCACGAUCAAAAACAUCCAGCUGAAAACCAAUACGUACAUCAUCACGCCAAAGCGCAACCAGGAAUCGGUGUUUGAGAUCACGGGGCUUCCUACCAACGUGCACACUGCCCGGCAGCUAAUCGAGGAGCACAUUGCGACCAGAGCUGGUUCGACGGCGACCAGCGGCACCGCGGUUGGCAACGGUAUCGGCAGCAACAACGCUGGCAGCGGAAACAGUAGCAGUAGUAGUAGCAGCAGCAGUAGCAGCACCACCAGCAGCUCGAGCGGAUCGUCACCCUCGUUGAGUGGCAGUCCGAGCGCUGGUUUGAAAGGGUCAGGUUCGAAUAUGACCGGCAGCGGUGGUAAAGUGUCAAUCCCUCUCAACAAUUUGACCGGGUGCCUGAGCCCAGACGUCAAUGGUAACGCAUCCUCGCUCAUCAGUGGGCUGCUCGGUGUAGCGGCAACGGGCAACCCCGCAAACCUUGGAGCCGGUAGCACCAACGGAGUGUUCAACUUUAACAAUUAUCAUCAUCACUACAAUCAGCAUCAUCACCAUCAACAACAUCACCAACAACAUCAUCAGCAUCAUCAUCAACAGCACCAACAGCAGCAACACCAACAGCAGCAGCAGCAGCAACACCAACAGCAGCAGCAGCAUCAACAACAACAACAGCAGCAGCAGCAGCAGCAGCAGCUAGUCAUGCUGAACAGUGGGCUUGUCAAUGGAGGUGGCGGUAUGCUAAACGAAGUUGGUGGGCUGUCUGCAUCGAGUCUAAGCGGGCUUCUACCCGGUGUCGGCGAGCAUGAAUACGAAAACAAUCAGUUUUUCAUCGAUAAUUUGUUGGAAUACAUUAACAAUAUGGUCGGCUCAACGGCCUACCAAGCCAGCUCGAAUUCGGCCACGUCGGUCGCAAAUGCUGGUGGUGCCGGAUCCGAAAACAUUCCGGACUUCCGCAGCAUCUGGGAAAAUUUAAGUGAAAGUCAAGCGUCGGGCACGGAUACCGACAACUCGUCACUCGUUUGGACGCUUCCCUCAUCGUCACGGAACUCCGUCUCUUACAGUCCCGACGAUUUUAUGUUCCAGCGAUAAGGAUCCCUGGCUGCCAUAACUGCUGUUGGUGCCUGAUGUGCAGGUAAGGCUGAGGUUGAGCAUAUACAUCCAUCCUAAUGGCCAAAACCGAUUCAAUUAAUCGCUAAGAGGAACCUAUAUUAAAAUCAGCCCAGGAAGGAAACGAUUGAUGUGAAGCUGUGAAUACUGUCAGAGCAAUAAGGAGAAAAGA